AUACGGUGGAGCUGACGUAGCGAAGUGCUAAGUGCAAAAUGAACAAGAUUAUUCGUGUUGGGCUGGUGUUGGGCCUGAUCGGCUUCGUGGUGGCCGAUCAAGAUGCGGUCGUGCUGCGCCAGGACUCGGAAGUCAACCCUGAUGGGUCGUAUCAGUACGCGUACGAAACGUCCAACGGUAUCAAAGCCGAGGAACAGGGAACAUUAAAAAACGUCGGCGAUGACGUAGCCAAGGUGGCACAAGGACAGUACUCCUACACCGAUCCAGAAGGUAAUCCCGUCAGAUUGCAGUACGUCGCGGAUGAGAAUGGCUUCCAGCCGCAGGGAGACCACCUUCCGACGCCGCCUCCAAUUCCGGAAGCAAUCGAACGAGCACUCCGGCUGCUGGCCAACCUUAGCAGGAACAAGUAAUCUCAACCCUUUGAAGCGGGGAAUGUGAAGAGCGAUCGUCGCCGUAGCAGUAAGUUAGUGAUACAG